AUUUAAAUGUGUACCUUGCACUCUCAUGAAGCCCAGGGCUCAGCCAGCAGUGACAAGCAGGAUCAUGAGAUUCACCACAGAACCAGCGGAUCCCCCAGAGCUACCAAAGAAGUUCACCUUCAACCCAAAAGAAGGGAUUGACAACCCUGCUUUAGUGAUCUCUGAUGACACAGAGCCUGAUGUGCAUCCGCGGAUGUGUGUUCUGAAGCGGGAAGAGGGUCAGGGCUUCGGCUUCUACCUGAGUAAGGACGCUGGCUGCAGGGGACAUGUGGUGCGCCAGGUGGAGCCUUGGAGCAGUGCAGAGCGGGGUGGGCUGAAGAAGGGGGACUGUAUUUUGGAGGUCAAUGAGGACUUUGUGGAUGACAAGGAGCACUCAACUGUGGUGCUAAAGGUGCAGGCGUCUGGGCUCAAGCUAUAUCUGUUAGUGCUGAGUGCUGAAGAUUAUGAGUUUGCAGUUUCGGAAGGAAGAGACCUCAUGUCGCUCGCCAGUGCUUACCGUCCCAUAGAGGGCUGUUCUCGCCCACGGUUGUGUUACAUCAUUAAAGAGCCUGGCAGUGGCUUGGGCCUCAGCAUCAUUCCUAUUGAAGGUGAGCGAGGCCGUUAUCGUCUCAGCCCAGUGACUGAUGGUCCAGCUGAGAGAGCAGGAGUCCAGAAUGGAGACAGGCUGAUCUGGAUCAAUGGAGCUAUGAUUUCAGCACUCAGUUAUGCAGCACUGUCAAAAAUGGUGAAGAAAUGUGGAGACCAUGUGACUGUCUUGGUAAUUGACAGCAGGAGUGAAGUUUGUUAUAAGCACAUGGAGAUACCCAUAAUUCCUGCUUUUGCCAAAACGCAUAAUCUACCCUACAGACCAAAAACACUACACCUGACUCAAGGACCACAAGGAUACGGGUUCCUCCUAAGGCAAGAGAAGUUACGAUCUGGAAGUAUUGCGCAUGUAUUACGAGAGAUCGACCCCUGCAGCCCAGCUGAGACUGCAGGAAUGGAGGAUGGAGAGCUUGUACUAGCGGUAAACGGGGAGCAGGUGGAGGAUGCAGAGCAUGAGGGCAUCGUCAGCAAAAUACGGCAAAGCGGCCAGCAGGUCACCCUAACCACCAUCUCCAUCCUUGGCAGAGACUAUUACACACAGCUGGGUAUUUCUCCAUUGCUGUUCUAUGAAGACCAUAUUCCAAAAAGGGAACAGUUUCCCAAUCCUCCUCCGCCACAUCAAGAGGGACACCAAAAUCCACCACAUCCUCGACUUUGUGUGCUUCACAAGGAGGGUGCGGGAUUUGGCUUCAACCUAGGCUGUGUUCAGAAUAAGCCUGGGACGUAUAUCGGUCAGGUGAUGACGGGGAGUGCAGGAGAGAGAGCAGGGUUGUGUGAGGGAGAUGUGGUUGUAGAGGUGAAUGGACAGAAUGUGGAGCAAGAGUAUUUUGAUGAAGUGGUGAGGUUGAUAAAAGAUGGAGGAACUCCUCUCAGUCUGCUAGUCAUGGAGGCACUCGGAUAUGAGAAACUGAGGAGCACCAGACAGCCUGUAAGUUCAGGACUCAGUAUUUACAUUAAUAAAGUUCCAGAUGCUUCACAAGAUGAUUUUGUAUGAAUUAAUAUAGUCAGGUAAAACAUUUUGUUAAUUUGACAUUUACUGUACAAUGUUAAUUUUUUUUAAUGUAAAAUUAAACUGCAUACCAGUAAAGUCUCUUCUCUUCCAAAUAUCAUAAAUACACUAUGUGGCUAAAAUUAUAAUUUGAACUACUUUGUAAACAGCUAUAAAAGAUCGUUGUAUAUCUUGUAGAAACAUUGACUAUAGAGUAAACAUGCUUUUCAGAAAAAAGCUAAUAAUCUUGUCAUUAACCAUAUUUAUUAUUGAAUCAGUGUCAUUAUUUAAUGCAACCACAACACUUUUAAGUACAAAUGUAAUGUAAAAAAUUGGAGACUGGAGUAUGUGUACAAUCAGGUUUCAAGUUAUUUAUAUUGUUCUAUGGCUAUAAAGUAUGAAAGCAUAUUAAAACCUUAAAAUCCUAAUCUUAAAAUCUUUUACACCACAUCCUGGAAAACUAAGUAGAUGUGUGAUUUAAUGUUAAUAUAUGUUUAUUCAUGUUUUAUUUUGAAAAUAUGUGUAGCAUGAGUGAAUUUAUUACUCAUGCUUUAUUUUUGUUGUAAGUACUUCUAACUGAAUUCUGAAUAUGAACAGAUAAAUAUUCAAGAAUGUAAAAUCACACACAAAUUAUUUAUUAAAAUUCAUUUAUGAUAUGCAAUUAAGACUGUUUGCUCUAUGCACUAUACUGAAAAUUAUUUUCCUGUUUUUUAAACCUCAACUUCCGCAGUCCUGUUUUUGAUGGGUAUCCUCCAGUUCUGUAAGUCCAAAGACAAACUGUCAAUUUCUUAAUUAUUGUUUUAAACAAAAUGAAAAUACGUCAGAUUAAUCAGUUA